AUGAAGAUCGACUGGAACGAACGCAUCGCCGCAAAAACCGGCGAGAAACUCGGCGCCGAGGCGGCUGCAGCUCCAGCUACGGGGUCUGCAGCGGAGAAGAAGGAAGGAGAGAUGCUGAUUGCUCUAAUCGAAGAGGGCUUCGCACUCGCGGGAUCGUUCAACCUCGCGGAUUAUGUGCCGUGGCUGGACUACGGCGGCGACCCGCUCGGCAUGUACACGCGCGCGAAGCGCCUCACGCCGCAACUGCACGGGUUCAUGCGCGCGUGCAUCGAGGAGCGGCGCCAGCUCGCGGUGAAAGGAGAAAAGCCCUCCGAAUCCACGCUUGUCGAUGCGUUGCUGGAGAUGGAAGGCGACGGGGAGGAUGAGAUCAAUAAGACGGAGCUUCUGAUGCUCGCCCUGGACAUGAUGCUAGCGGGCACCGACUCCACCGCCAAGACCGUCGAGUGGACGCUCGCUGAGCUGGUGCGGAACCCGGACGUGCUGGAAAGGCUCCGCGCUGAGGUGGAUGCGGCGUAUGCCAAGGCGGCAAGUGCGGCCGCCAAAACUGAGGCGGCAGGAGGAGAAUCUUGUGUCACGGUCUCGCUUCCGGUACAGGAGAUGCCGUAUCUGCAGGCUGUGUUGAAAGAACAAUUUAGGCAUCACCCCGUCACUCCACUCUUCUUUCCGCGCCUGACAACUGGCAGCGUAACCUUAGGGGGUUACAACAUUCCUCCCAAUACCAUGAUCAAUAUCAACUACUGGGCUAUUGGGCACGAUCCAACGGUCUGGGUCAACCCGCACAAAUUCGACCCCUCCAGGUUUCUUGACCCUGCUGCCCCUGACAUACUCGGGCAACAUUUCAGCCUGCUGCCCUUUGGGUCGGGCAGGCGCGGCUGCCUCGGGAAGACCCUGGAAAUCGACAUGUCUGCCCGCUUGCUGGCGAAUUUGGUUCGGCGGUUUGAUUUCGAGCUGCCCGAAGAGGCGAGGACAGCUGGAGGGGUGGACAUGACGGAAACUUUGGGGCUGUCCAUGGCUCUUGUUAAGCCUCUCAGGCUUGUAAUGAGGGAGAGAAAGGCAGUGGGGGGGGCGGUGGUGGCAGGUGCAGAUGCUUGA